GGUGACUUACGAAUAGCAUUUUUGCUUUCUUUUUGUGUUGGUUUGGUGUCAUGUUAUGUUAAAGUAACUUUGGUAAAGUAGAGUAUCGUGUAUGUAGUAUUCUUUACCUUUGGGGUUUAUUCCCUUUUAUUUCCUUAUUAUUAUAUUUGCUCCCUAAAAUAGAUAUAGUAGGCUAUCAUUUAUUUAAUAUUAUCAGUAUAGAAAUAUUAUUCAGGAUUUGAAAAGCUUACUUCGUAGUAAAAAUAAGUUGUUGCAGUGGCGGGACUGCUUGAAUAUUAACAUUUUUCGUCUUCAAACUCUGUAUCUGUUUAUCUUUGCAACACAGUGGAAUUUCUGUGUUAAGCGGCAAACUUUAUAAAAGCAAUCUGCUGGUGAAUGCGAAGACAUUCAAAGUGGUUGCUCUCGGUACUGGAACAAAAUGCAUUGGCCCCAGUAAAAUGCGAAAUGAUGGAAGAAUAUUGCAUGAUAGUCAUGCUGAGGUCAUCGCUAGACGCGCUUUCAUGAGAUACAUGUAUAAUGAACUCAAGAAAGUGUACAAAGGAGAAGAAAGUACUGUUUUAAAUUCGGUCAGCCCAGUGAAUGGAACCUGUACUAUAAGAAGCAGUUUACAAUAUCACUAUUAUGUGAGUCAAACUCCAUGUGGGGACGCAUCCAUAAUACCUAUAUCUGCAUCCAAAGAUGACACAAUUAAUUAUAGACCAGUUUCUAAAAGAAAACUCUCAUUAGAUAAACAGGAAAAUUUAACGAAGCAUGCUCGGGUUGAAAAUUCUUCUGAUAAUAAUCUGAAUAAUGUAAACUGUAUGACUGAAAGGUCAUACUCUGAUGUGUUAAGAACAGGAGGAAAACCUGUGUCUGGAGAACCGGAAGAUCCUUUAGAACCUGGAUGCGAUUACCAUAUUCUCGGAUCAUUGAGGAACAAACCUGGCCGAGGCGAAACAACAAUUUCAAUGUCAUGCAGUGACAAGAUUGCUAAAUGGAAUGUCCUCGGUUGUCUUGGGGCAUUAAUAUCACAUUAUAUUGCCAAACCAUUAUAUUUUAUUUCAAUUAUCAUUGGAAAAUCUCCAUAUUCUCUGAAAUGCAUGAAAAGGGCUGUUUAUGACAGAAUUUCAUCGAUAACCGUAGCUUCGCCAUAUGAAGUUCAUCUGCCAAAGCUAUUAUUUUCUAACAAAGAAUUUCCUGGUAAAGCGAAAUCAGGUUUGCUGCCAUGUGGUAGCUCCAUAGCUUGGUGUAAUAUUCAUAAUGACCCACAUGAAGCUUCAGCUAAUGGCUUCCGCCUGGGUGUUACUCGUAAGAACUUUGCUACUGAUAAAUCUCAAUGUUUAAUUAGCAAAUAUUCAUUGUUCCAAUCAUUUUUGGAAGUGAAAUCUAUGUCGGAAUUGAAAUCAUUAAUUUUUCCGAUUGCUGAAGAAAGUACAUAUUUAGAAUAUAAAGUUGCAGCAGAAAAAUAUCAGAAAACUUGGAAAGAUUUGAGGCAACAAUCAUUUCAUAAUUGGAUUAUACAUGACAAGGCACUUGACAAGUUCGGACCAUCAACAGACUGUAUUAUAGACUUAAUUAAGUGAUAAUAAUAAAUCCGACAUACCGAUGUAAUUUUGUGCAUUCCCCACACAGGUUUAUUGACUAUCGGCUUGUUUUUCUCUAUUUUAAAAACCCAGUAUUUUGUUUCAAAAUUUUUUCCGAUCGACUAAAAACGUAAUGAAUUCGGAUAGGCUACAUGAUUAGUCCAUUCACGUAUAAAAACGACAGCUGUUAUUCGAACACGUUGCGCUCAGAAUUGUGGCACAUCGCUCAUCACCUCCACUUUGAUUACUCCUGCGUGGGUUUGCAGUUUCGAAUCCCGUGGAGAUAAUUAUUUGCUAGGAUUGCUGGACUCCUCGCCACCGCAGUUCACGUUCGUGGUUCAAGAAAACGCUGGUCGGUUACGUUACGGCUUCCACCACCAUCAAAUCCAUGCGUCUGAAACCAAUAACUGGCCACUAAAUCCCAUACCCGCAUCGAACUGAUGACCGGGCAGAGGACCGUGGUUCGCCAUAUGAUUAAGCCAUCUUUCCACUCACUCUGGACAAAUAUGUAAAUACUAUCUUAUUAAUAACUCGAUAGGACUCUGUAGUUAGUAUAUCGAGCUGAAAAUUAUUUGAUAUAUAAAUGAGUAUAUUGAAGCAAACAGUCAAGAAUAAUUUUCGGGACUAAAUUGAGGGGACGUUGUGCGAUACAUUGAUACUGGUGCGAACCACAAUUUUUAUUUGUAGAAAAUGCGGCGCGUGACUACGUAUAUAUAUGAUUUGUAAAUCGAAUUUAUUGUUCCUGAACUUGUUCGACGGAAAUAUCAGUAACCAGUCGGCGAUGAUAUGGGCCACGAUCGUCUGGCAAUACUUACCUUCUACGUAAACAAUCUUCUUCAUUAUUGUUUAUUUUAUACAAUUUUAUUACAAAAAAUCAAAGAACAAUUUCUUUAUCUGCAAUGCUUUAUUUAUCAGUAAUUGGGACCAUGCAACACACACACGCCUCGCAACUAAAGAGUUGUUUUAUUUGUCACUUCAGUAAAAUAAAUUCAACAUUAAGGUUUUACAAAGUAUCGAAAUGACAGGUGUUGUGAAUCAUGGAUUGCUUGCCCGUCAUUGGGCCGGUAACCAACCUGUGCCAUGACGUUUUACAGUCUUUGUUUUUAAAUUCAACUUACUAUCCAAUCUAUUUGGGUUGGUAACGUACGUAUAUUGCCUGUAACCGAAAUUUCGUAUUUAUCACAAAUUAGAAAUCAGUUUAUGACGCCAAUUUGUAUUUUACAUAAAAAAUUUGCUAUAUUCUUAAACCAUCGCUUCCUUACAUGUAUCAUGUAUAGCAAGUCUCGUUCUCCGGUACUUUUGAAUUCCAGCCGCCAAAGAGGUUUGAUGUUGUUUGUUGACCUUGGUGCUAUGUCAUCGUCUAAUAUUAGUGUUAAUUCUCAGCUGGUUAUACCUUCAAUAUUUGUAUUUUAUAUAAUGCGUGUAACUCUUUCUGGUGAAUAUAAGAUACAGAAACCAUUUCUUGUUUCUUAAAGGAUUACUCAAAUAUUCAACGAAAUUGAAAUUUAGUUCAAAAUAUAAUAGUGCGAAGGCUCAAUAAGUUUAACGAUAUGUAGUAUUUGGCUAAAGGUUCAGAACGGGUAUUAUUUUUUCAAUUGGAUUGUCUAAACAAACUGCCGUAGUUAAUUUUUAAUUGAGUGUACGAUUUUCUUGCGAAAUGGAGAAAGUGAACUCUUCCCCUAUACAGAAUACUGCUAAAUGUCACAUUCCCAUAAUUUCACGAUGUUGUUCAACACCAUUUACACCUGGGUUAAUUACAUAUAUGCUGAGGCGAGUAAAAAGCAGACUAUAUAUACAUGCUUUGUUUCGGAACUAUACCUACUGACCACGCCUUUUUUUCAUCAAUAAUGAAGUCAUCGAUCAAAUUUACACUUCAAACAUGGUUAAUUUCCGCGUUAAUGGUUAGCAGUCGCGGAUUUUAAAUUACCUCACUUAUGAUACAUAAUAUUAUGUAAUUUUUUGCUUUCUAAAAAUGUUCUUUAUUUCCUCAAAAUAAUUGUUAAAGUGUUUUGAAGUUUCGUUAACUUUUUGCACUCACUAACCUGAAUGUGCGGUUGUUGUAGGUGUCGCUGCAUGAAGACCUUUUGAGGUCCCCCACAACUAGAAAUGCGACUUUCAGUAUUCAAAAUCAAUUUGAAGCAAUUUCAGAAGAAACGGCUUCAUUCUGUUUUUAAAAAUGAAAAAAAAAUUAGAUAACACGGGGAGAUUGCAGAAACGUUGUCUCGACGAUCGUUUUGCAUUUUUUGUUGUUCUUGUUAUUAUUUGUAUUCUUCUUGGUGUCGUUAUGACAAAAUCGCUUUUCUCAUCUAUUGCUGGACCAUUUUCUUUGAAAUUUUCAGUGAGUAAAAAUUAUAUGUUUCGCUAGAAGGCUAUUUCUUUUAUUUUGUCCCAAAUUUCGCUGUAAUAUUUUAUCCCUGGGAACACUGGCUGUCCAGUUUGAUUCUGUAAAUUCUUGCUACGCGAAACUCGGAAAUUUUUUGAGGGUAUCGGUAGCGUCAAAGGGAAGGACAGCUUCGCUAUGGUUAUGAGCAUUGCUCUCUUGUUUUCGUUGCAUUCACAGCUUUUCCUACUUAGAUAAGAUAAGUUUAUUUUGACUCCAUAAUCAGCGUAAACGGCGAUCAAUUGAUUGAUAAAAAUAAAAACUGAUUAGGAAAUCAGGAAAAUAUAUUUAAUUUACUUAAAAUGUAAAGAAGUUUUACAAACAUGUCAUUAUAAUAAGUAUAUAUAUAUUGAUUUAUAUAAACGAUUCAUAUAAGCGAUUAUUUGAAUUAUCUAUAUAAUAGCGUUAUAAUAAUAACAACAACAUUAUUGCACAUUGCUUUUAAACACAUAGGUCUGCGAUGCUCCCCUCGUUAUGAUUUGCUCUUUUUUAAAUCAUGACACAAACGGAAUUAACGCACAUUUCACUGGCGCUUUUCAUUUGGCUGACUUUUGCAGGUUAGUCUCGGUACAUCCGAUAAUAAUUGCAAACGUAAAUUUAUGUAAUAAGUAAAUAGGUAGCCGAGUGUUAUCUCUGUAAAAAAAUUCUCAGCGUUAAUAGGCUAGGCUACAUCAGUUAGUCGAUGUGGUUUUUACAGGUAUGUUAGUCGUUUGGUUUUUACUAGCUUUAUUCAUUCUUCAAGUUCAUUAUUGUUAUUCAAUGACAUUUUAUACUAUAGUUCUACCGAAUUGAUGGAAAGUUAACGAUAAUAUGAUGUUAUGCUGAAAAGAAUCAUAUUUGGAAAAAUUCGAAUAGGAACACUCUUAUUCCAAAAUGAAAUAUUCGAAUAUUAAUUCCACGCUCGAGACUGCUGUCACACAAUUUAAGUUAAUAAAAUUAGUUUCCGUUUGUUAUUUGUAAUGUUUUUUUCUUAUGAUACGUUUAUAUUGUGUUGUCGAAUGGAUUGAUGUUCGAGAAACAUCAAAAUUAACGAAAGGGUUAAAAAAUCAGUUUGAGGGCGCUGUGGAGUCGAGUCCUUGAAGAAUCUCAGUCGUCAACAAUAGCUUUGCAUUCUGGGUUUUUGCAAGUCGCUCGUUCCUGCAUUCCCUUGUGCAUUCUUUCGAGCGUUGUUUUUUGGGUUUUUUUUGUAAAAGGUUGACAGCUACACACUCAAAAUGGUUGUGCGUGGUGCACUCAGUGUCAUUAGCGGACAAGUCAAACGCCACCUAGAUUUGUGGCCUUUAUUUGCUGCCUAUGGAUUUGCAACUGGCUUGAGCGCAUCCAUUAUGCUUUAUACGUCGCUCAACAAAGCGGAUGUUGUUUGGAACAAAUGGAACCCGGUUAAUUCAUAUGACCGUAUCAACUGGGAAAAACAUGAGCAGAAGUUGGCCAUGGGUAUUCCAUCUGAAAAACAAUUUUACAAGAAGAAUAAUGAGAUUCUUUCUCUUCGCGAUGAAAUCUACAGGAGUGGACAAUACAAAGUGUAAAAUGUUGGCAUUACAGUUUAAACUGGACAAGUUUAUUUCUGACUACAGUGUGUUGAUUAGUUGUUAUAUUUAGUCGCUUAGUUAUUUGAACCAUUUUUAUUAUGUCUGGUUUAAAAAUCAAUUUGAAUUUAAAGAUAUGUGAUAAAAUAAAUUGCAAAAUGAUAUGGUUA